GCAGUCACUCGUUGCUCGUCUGCUGCAAGGACAGAUCUAUAUAACAUAUGCCCUGGAUUCUUGUACAUUGCAUAUAUAGCGGCUCCAUCUUCCUCCCCGGACGACAGGAAGGAAAUAGUGUGGUAAUGGCGCUGCCAGUAGUUCGUCCAUGCCAGGAAGAGCCCACCCUACCGCCGCCGACGGGGACGCAAUUCAGCAACCAGCUAGCUGCCGCUGUGAGGAGCAUCAACUGGAGCUACGCCAUAUUCUGGUCCAUUUCAACCAGCCGUCCAGGGGUUCUGACGUGGAAGGACGGGUUCUACAACGGCGAGAUAAAGACGAGGAAGGUCACCAGCUCGGCGGACAUCACCGCCGACCAGCUCGUCCUGCAGAGGAGCGAGCAGCUGCGGGAGCUCUACGAGUCUCUCCUGUCCGGCCAGUGCGACCACCGGGCGAGGCGUCCCGCUGCCGCGCUGUCGCCUGAGGACCUCGGGGACGCCGAAUGGUACUACACCGUCUGCAUGGGCUACGCCUUCCGCCCUGGUCAAGGGUUGCCAGGCAGAAGCUUUGCGAGCAACGAGCAUGUUUGGUUGUGCAAUGCUCAGUGCGCAGACACCAAAACCUUCCAACGCGCGCUCUUAGCAAAGGUACAUACGUUUAUUUGAGCAGUUUAGCUAAAUGACAGUCGACUCAUUUUCGAAUUAGCGUCAGUCGAUUUUUGAGAAUUCAUCGGAGUGAGCCCGGAGGAAAGAAAGGAGAAGGAAGGGGCUCGCCGGAGGGCUACCCCAUUAUUUAUCUUAGUGUUUAGGGUGGGGACGGUGGUGGACAGCGGUGGUGUGGCGAUGGUGCACUUCGCCGGAGAAAAAGCCCAGACGCGGGCGGGCCUAAAGGGAUGGCGGGGGCGGCGGCUAGACAGGCGGUGGGAGGCGGUUCCGGGGAAGGUGGGGCGGCGAGGCAGUCGCGGGA